AUGCGCACUCGUCUCAUCGCGGCACUUAGAAAUAUUGCGUUCGGUCGACCGGCCUCAUGUAAUCUCGAACAAACGACGUUAUACGUAGGCAAAAUGAGCGUUGAAAAUCCAGCCAGUGAUAAUGAUUGUGAUUCAGGAAAGGUAAAUGGUAAUAAAAGUGAACACGUGAACGGCAUCCACAACGGAUACAGUAGCUCUGAAAAACAUAGGAGCAGCCAUAAGUCUUCAAGCAAGGACAAGCAUCGCGAUAAGGACCGAGACAGAGAGCACAAGAGCUCUUCGAAACAUAGCAGUUCAAACAGGGAUAAAGAUAAGGACAGACAUUCAAGCAGCAAAAAUCACAGCAGCUCUCAUAAAUCUUCCAGUAAGGAUAAAGAACGCGAUAGGGAUCACAAAGAUCGAGAUAAGUACAAGGAAAAAGACCGUUCUGAAAAAGAAAAGGAUCGUAGUGACAGAGACAAAGAUAGACAUAGAAGUGACAAAGACAAACAUAGGGAUAAAGAUAGAGAUAAAGAGAGAAGUGACAGGGACAAACAUAGGUCAAAUGAUGGAGAAAAAAAGUCAUCAAAAGAAAAUUCAUCUUCAAAAGAUAAAGAACACAAGUCCAAGGAUAGAGAUAAGGAGAGGGAUGACAAAGAUCGACACAGAAGUGAUAAGGAUAAACAUCGCAGUGAUAAAGACAGGCACUCCAGUUCCAAAGAAAAAUACAGCUCUAGUAAAAGUAAAGAUAAAAGCAGCAGCAGUGAAAAUAAACAACAAAUCAAAACUGAAGAGAGUGAAGAUUAUUCCAAACAAGAGCCUAUGGAGGUAGAAGAUAUUAAAGUAAAAGAAGAAAUAAAAGUAGAUGUUGAAUAUGAUGGAUAUGCAGGUGCCAACACUACUAUGUCUUCAUGUGAUUACUCAAUGUCCCAGUUCAAAGAUGAACCUCUCUCAGAACUUCCCCCUGAAGAUGACAGUAUGACUGGUGAGGAAGAAGAUGUACCUUUGUUGGAUCGCAUGGCAUCAAAGAAAAGAGCUGCCAGUGAGAGUGAGGAAGAUAUACCUUUACUUCAGCGCAAGAAAUCGAAAAAGAAAGUAAAAAAAGAAACAUUUGAUGAUGAUGAUGAAGAAGAAGAGGCACCUAAACCUAAAAAGAAGAAAAAGAAAACUGAAAAAGUAAAAGCUAAUAAAAGUGUUAAGUCAGAAACUGAAGAUGGCCCAAGUCCUACAAAACGCAAGAAAAAGGGAGAAGAAGAAGAACAAGAAGUUUGGAAAUGGUGGGAAGAAUCAAAAAAGGAUGAUGGUACCAAAUGGUAUUUUCUGGAACACAAAGGCCCACUGUUUGCACCUCCAUAUGAACCCCUGCCUGAAAAUGUUAAGUUCCGUUAUGAUGGUAAAGUUAUAAAAUUAUCCCAGGAUAGUGAAGAAGUGGCAGGAUUCUACGCUCGAAUGUUAGAUCAUGAUUACACUACAAAGUCGACAUUUAAUAAUAACUUCUUUAAUGAUUGGCGUAAAGUGAUGACUCAUGAAGAAUCAAAACUCAUUAAAGAUCUUUCAAAAUGUGACUUCAAGGAAAUGCAAGCUUACUUCCUAAGUGUGUCGGAAAAAAAUAAAAAUCGUUCAAAAGAAGAGAAAGCGGCACUCAAAGCCAAAAAUGAUGAAAUCCAGAAAGAGUACGGUUUUUGUAUUAUAGAUGGGCACAAAGAAAAAAUUGGUAACUUCAGAAUAGAACCCCCUGGACUUUUCAGAGGAAGAGGCGAGCAUCCAAAAAUGGGUAUGCUGAAAAAGCGUGUGAUGCCUGAAGAUGUUCUAAUUAAUUGUUCUAAGGAUAGUAAAAUACCUAAGCCUCCUGCCGGACGCAAAUGGAAAGAAGUUAGACAUGACAACACCGUCACAUGGUUGGCCUCUUGGACUGAGAAUGUUCAGGGCCAAGCCAAGUAUGUCAUGUUAAAUCCUAGUUCUAAACUGAAAGGAGAAAAGGAUUGGCAAAAAUAUGAGAUUGCCAGACAAUUACAUAAAAGUAUAGAUAAAAUUAGAAGUACAUAUAAAGCUGAUUGGAAAGCUAAAGAAAUGCGUAUUCGUCAACGAGCUGUUGCACUCUACUUUAUUGAUAAAUUAGCUUUGAGAGCUGGUAACGAAAAAGACGAUGAUCAAGCAGACACGGUCGGUUGUUGCUCUCUUCGUGUUGAACACAUUGAACUGCACAAAGAAAAAGAUGGUAAAGAAUAUGUUGUAGUGUUUGAUUUCCUGGGUAAAGAUUCAAUUAGAUAUUAUAAUGAGGUGCCAGUGGAGAAACGUGUGUUUAAGAAUCUCGAACUAUUUAUGGAGAAUAAAAAAGGCAGUGAUGAUUUGUUUGAUAGGUUAAACACACAAACAUUGAAUGAACAUUUGAAAGAAUUGAUGCCAGGGUUGACCGCCAAGGUCUUCCGUACUUACAAUGCUUCUAUAACCCUACAAAUGCAACUUGAUGAACUAACCGAUCCAGAUGUCUCGUUACCAGAAAAGAUUUUGGCAUACAAUAGAGCAAAUCGCGCUGUCGCUAUUCUUUGCAACCAUCAACGUGCUGUGCCUAAAGGUCAUUCGAAGUCUAUGGAGGCUUUAAAAGAGAAAAUUCAAGCUAAGCGAGACCAAGUGGAUGAAGCUGAGGCAGAUCUUGAAGAUGCUGCCAAAGCUGCCAAAAGAGGCUCAGUUAAGGAAAAACUGGCAUGUGAUAAAAAGAAAAAAGCUCUUGAACGACUGAAAGAGCAGUUAAAGAAACUAGAGUUACAAGAAACAGAUCGUGAUGAAAACAAAACUAUCGCUCUCGGCACCUCCAAGCUAAACUAUCUCGAUCCCCGUAUUUCUGUUGCAUGGUGCAAAAAGCAUGGCGUACCCAUUGAAAAAAUCUACAAUAAAACUCAGCGCGAUAAAUUUCGAUGGGCUAUCGACAUGGCCGGACCCGAUUACAUUUUC